AUGGCGGACGUGAUGGAAGCUGCUAAGAUUCUUUGCGAAMAAGAUGCAAAAACAGAGCAGAACUGCUUUGGAGAACUUUUACCGUGCAGAAAAAUAUCGCCGCUUGAGCCGUUUAUAAAGCUCAAUGAGUAUUUUAUGCUUGAGAGAGACACUGGAAAGUAUCUAUUGUACAUGGCUGCAAUUGACAGGGCAUUGUCAGAUAUCAUACAGUCUAAUAUAGAAACUKUUAACUGUUUUGUACUGGGACCAGGUCUUGGGAGACUGGUGCGAUUUUGUCUUGACUCAGCACUUCAUCAUGGGAUCCCUGUGUGUGUUCAUGUCAUGGAAGCAAAUCCUAUCGCUGUGGAAUUUUUAAAGAAGUCUUUUGAAAAGGAGAUCGAUGAUGAGGUGGUUGUGUUGUAUGAACCAUUUGUGUUUCAUCCUGAAGUAACAGCAAGUGAUCUUCCUGCAGGAUUACAGAAGUACUGUGAAUGUUUUCAUUUGAUAGUUUCAGAGUUAUUGGGAUGUUUUGGUGAUGACGAGUUUCUACCAGAACUCACUGCUUCCUUGUAUAAGCUUUUUGCCAAGCCAAAGACAGGAAUUAUGAUUCCAGAGRGCUGGACAGACUACCUUGUACCAGUAUCCAGUCCCAGUACAUAUCAGUACCUAUGCACCAACAACAAGUGCUUAAAUGCAGGCUACACCAUGGGACUUCCCAAAGAUUGCAGAUUUUUGUCUGAGGUCAAGGCAGCAUGGAGUGGAGACUGCAAGACAGUUAAGGACAAAUAUAACUGUCAACUUGAAUUCAGUUUGGAUAUUAUACAGUCUUACAAAAGGAUGUCAAGUCAAGUUGAACAUUGUGCAAAUACGGUGGAAUGUUUCCAUGGUGACAGAUGUUGUCAAGCAACAAUGAAGUCGUGCCAGGACGWUGAUGAAAGAAGUAAAUGUUGUCAUGGUAAUGAAUGUACUCUAAUGAGUGUUGUACAAAAGUAUAAUAGUAAUGAUGGUAAUAUCGCUGCUGAAAAUGGUGCUUAUAAAAAUAGUGAAGAUGCGAGCAAAUAUGACGGUACUAGUUGUACAGAUAAGAAUGACAGUAACAUCGACAAGACAAAACAUUCUGAAACUAAUACGAAAAAACAAAAGAGUUGCCAUGGGGAUUGUGAGUCGCAACUUGAAAGCCMCUCCUAUCUCCAUGGAUUCAUUGGUUACUUUACGUCGACUUUGUACAAAGAUAUAAUGAUUGACACCCGUCAUUUAUCAACUAAUCGUAACGCAUUUCACUGGGAGUGUUAUUUUAUACCUCUGUUGCAUCCAAUCCAAGUCAGACAGAAUUCUUGCGUUAGUUUAUCUAURGCUAGAAAGACACAUUUGAACGAUGACAAGACGAUGAAAUUGUGGUACGAGUGGCAAGUUAUAGUGGAAAACAAACAAGAUCUAUUUUGUAAUACACUGGAAACGAAGCAAUUGAAAUAURAUCAGGAAGCAGUUGAUAUUGGCUCCUGCACYUCUAAAAUGGCGCUGCAAGAUACACUUAGGRAAUCACAUUCGACACAAGAAAAUGUGAAAAAUAAUACAAGUGUGCUCRUCUGUAAGCAUAGGUUUCCUYUUCAAAAUCAAGGCGGUGAUGAUGACUGUGUGUAUUUGAGUAAAAAUAAGUGUGUUUUACAAGCGUGAUGAUGUAAUAUAUGACUUAAGAAGGAUUGGCAGACUACAUGUAUUCUCGAUGACUCAUUUAUGACAGAUAAACAAGAUGGCCACGUAUGAAAAGAUCAAGGAGAAGCAUARGACUGUGAGGAAGAUAUCCAGAAUUUUCUGCUAAUUGUCAUACAUGGAAGCAGGCUUUAGCACCGCUUAGCUUCUCUCCUGUUGGCAGUUUACCGGUGGUUGGAAAAUCGCGGUCAGCGGAACCAUUGACGUAGAUAAAUGGCACGGGCAGCGAUGAUAGACCGCUGGACACUGAACUAGGAACGCAGUGCGACUGGUACUCGUACUUAAGCUCAUACAAGGUUACAGGCAAACUAUGCUGAASWAUGAAACUUUGGAUUAAUUUSGAUUGUUGAAAGUUUCAUAAUUCAAUCCCAGGAUGACAGGGAUCCAGUAUCAAGGCUACAACAGGAUCUGAAAUACUCGUUCCGGAUCACUUUGUAAAGGGCAAAAUGCCUCUAUUUCACAGCUUUUUGAGCACAAUUGACAAGUAUAGAAUACAAACACUAAAAAA